AGGAUCUAGACAGUUUCAUGACGCAGCAUCCAUCGCUAUUACUUAACACACCCGACUUCUUCCCUUGAACCGCUCAGGAGCGUCCUUGUUGCGGUUAUUAAUACACGACUUCAAGCAUUGACUCGAUCUUGAACGAGAAACCAAAGCAAUUGAUUGACUCGUGCUGAAUUGCUCCGAACAAGAGAUAUCAAACAAGCUUGCAUCAUCCGUGUUUGCCCGCCGAAGUCCCCCGAAGCCUACGACCUUCCGGCCCAUUAUCGCAUUUAGUCUCCGCGAAACGGUACCAUCCAAUUACAAACGGUCCAUUGGACGCUACCCAUACUAUUCCGUAAGCCCAUGCUCUCCCUAGGAAGAAAGUAGCGUCAAAAAGGCCUCGGCAGAUCCGUCGGAGUAGCGAGGGUUGUGGGGAAAUCGUAGGAGCUCUGUGAAGAAGUAGCGCAGGAGCUGAUCCGAGGAAAGGCUCAGUUCGAGUACAAAUAUGACCUCGUCGUCCAGUCCUGAAUCUGUCCGACCAUACUCUCCUACUCCUCCCCUUGAACAAGACUUUAUCAGGCAACAGAUUGCCAAACAACAAAAGGGAAACUUUCAUUCUACUUCACUCAAAAUGGUUUCCAGCGUCAACAAGACUGCCCUUCACCCCGGUGGUGUACAACCUCAGCGUGAACACACCGAGAUCGAGGAGGAGCUCCACGAGAAGGCACACAUUGACUACGACCGUGUCGCCAUUGUUGCAAACCCCUCCGUUGCAGCCCUCUACGAGGAUGCCCUCGUCUACGAAACCGGUUCAGCCAUCACUUCAUCUGGAGCCCUUUCCGCCUACUCAGGAGCAAAGACUGGUCGCUCGCCUUCAGACAAGCGUAUCGUCCGUGAGCCUAGCUCAGAGAAAGAGAUCUGGUGGGGACCUGUCAACAAGGAGAUGAGCCCUGAUGUCUGGAAGAUUAACAGAGAACGUGCAGUCGACUACCUCAACACCAGAAACCGCAUCUACGUUAUCGAUGGUUACGCCGGCUGGGAUGAGCGCUACAGAAUCAGAGUCAGAGUCGUCUGUGCUCGUGCAUACCACGCUCUGUUCAUGCGCAACAUGCUUAUCCGCCCUUCGAGAGAGGAGCUGAAGACCUUCCACCCCGACUAUGUCAUCUACAAUGCUGGUGCUUUCCCUGCCAACAGAUUCACCACUGGUAUGACCUCAGCCACCUCGGUCGCCAUCAACUUCGCCGAGAAGGAGAUGGUCAUCCUUGGUACCGAGUAUGCUGGUGAGAUGAAAAAAGGUGUAUUCACCGUUCUCUUCUACGAGAUGCCCGUCAAGCACAACGUCCUCACUCUUCACUCGUCUGCCAACGAGGGCAAGAACGGCGAUGUCACUGUCUUCUUCGGUCUCUCCGGUACUGGCAAGACCACUCUCUCUGCCGACCCCAAGCGUGCCUUGAUCGGCGACGACGAGCACUGCUGGUCCGACAAGGGCGUCUUCAACAUUGAGGGUGGUUGCUACGCCAAGACUAUUGGUCUUUCCGCUGAGAAGGAGCCCGAUAUCUUCAACGCCAUCAAGUUCGGUUCCAUCCUCGAGAACGUCGUCUUCGAUCCCACCACCAGAGAGGUCGACUACGAGGACUCCACUCUUACUGAGAACACUCGCUGCGCCUACCCCAUUGAGUACAUCGAGAACACCAAGAUUCCUUGCAUCUCGUCUGGUCACCCCACCAACAUUAUCCUGCUUACUUGCGAUGCUCGUGGUGUCCUUCCUCCCAUCUCCAAGCUCACCCCCGAGCAGACCAUGUUCCACUUCAUCUCCGGUUACACCUCCAAGAUGGCCGGUACUGAGCAGGGUGUCACCGAGCCCCAGGCUACCUUUUCAUCUUGUUUCGCUCAGCCCUUCUUGGCUCUUCACCCCAUGCGCUACGCUACCAUGCUCGCCGAGAAGAUCAAGGAGCACAAGGCCAACGCAUGGCUCCUCAACACCGGUUGGGUCGGUGCCGGUGCCACCACUGGCGGCAAGCGUUGCCCUCUCAAGUACACUCGCGCCAUCCUCGACGCCAUUCACAGUGGCGAGCUUGCCAACAACGAGUACGAGACUUACCAAACCUUCAACCUGCAAGUCCCCAAGACCUGCAGCAAUGUUCCCGACGAGGUCCUCAACCCGGCCAAGUGCUGGACCGGUACCGCAGACUUCCAGGGAGAGGUCAAGAAGCUCGGCAAGCUCUUCAACGACAACUUCGAGAAGUACUCGAGCGAAGCCACCGAGGAUGUCAUCAAGGCCGGUCCCCAGAUCUAAGCCACUCCUUCCGCUUCCUCCUAGGCGGCAUCUCACCGCCUCUUCGAUGAGUUGAUGAAAUUUGUGCAUACUUUUGGUUCUCUUUUUUGGGGGGUGUUCAUUCACGUUUUUGCUCUUUCUUUUGCGCUUUCAAUAAUACCAGCGCUGCGCAAAAAACUGUACGCGUAAGCUUGCUUUUUUAUUUUCCCGUCACACAAAGGGAUCACUCCUAGAUAAAAAGAAAUCUGGAGCCACUCAAUACUAAAAACACUUUACAAA